GAGCCCUGGAGCUGUGUGUCCCGGAGGAGCUGGUGGUGGCCCUGCUGGGCUGUGGUGACAAUCUGAGAUGCCCUACCCACAUUGUCCCCUGUCCCCUAGGAGCCCUGGAGCUGCGUGUCCCCGAGGAGCCGGUGGUGGCCCUGCUSGGCCAGGAUGCCACGCUGAGCUGCUCCUUCUCUCCCGAGGCCGGGUUCAGCGUGGCGCAGCUCAGCCUCAUCUGGCAGCUGACCGACACCAAGCGCCUGGUGCACGGCUUCUCCGAUGGCCGUGACCACCUGGACGCCCAGGCCGGCGGCUACGCCAACCGGACAGCGCUGUUCUACGACCAGCUGGCCAYGGGCAACGCCUCGCUGCUGCUGCGCAGGGUGCGCGUGCUGGAUGAGGGCAGCUUCACCUGCUUUGUGCGCGUGCAGGACCACAACAGCGCCGCCGUCACGCUGCAGGUGGCAGCCCCGUACUCCCAGCCCAGCGUUCACCUGGAGUCAGGCCAGUCACUGCGGCCGGGGGACGUGGCGGCGCUGACGUGCCGGGCRGCGCGGGGCUACCCUGCGGCCAUCGUGGUGUGGCAGGACGGGCAGGGCGCUGACCUGAGCGCCAACGCCAGCACGCUGCAGGUGGCGGAUGCGCGGGGGCUCUUCGAGGUGCGCAGCGUCCUGCACGUGCCCGUCCGCCCGGGGGUCACCUACUCCUGCCUGGUGGUCAACGAGGCGCUGGGACAGCGCGGCCACGCCUCGGUCACCAUCACCGCGCAGUCCCCGGCCAUCCCUACUGUGGCUCUCUGGGUCACGGUGGCCCUGGCCCUGUGCGUGCUGGCCCUGCUGGGUGUCCUGGGCUUCGUGUGCCACCGCAAAGCACGGGAGAGCUGUGGGGAGGAGCCAGACAGCACAGGGAUGGAGGAGCGCGAUGAGGAUGGGGGACAGCCCAAGACAGCGCUGCAGCUGCUGGAAAAUGCGGAGAGCAAGGAAGCCAAGGAGCAGGAAAUCGAUUGACAGGGGCCGGGUCCCCCCCAGAGCCGGAUGGGGACAAUCCUGGGAGGGAGGACACGGAGCUGCUGCCGCUCCUCACCCCGAUCCCGAUCCUGAUCCCGAUCCCGAUCCUGAUCCUGAUCCCAAUCCUGUCCCUUCCCAGGGAAAUGAGGAAUCUGCCCUGUCCCCGUGUCCCCGUGUCCAUCCUGGGCUGGAAAUUCCCCCAUUGCUGGCCCUUCCCAAACCCAAACCUUUGGGAACAAUGACGGAGCGCUGGCGGCUCCGGGAACGGGAAUGGGAUCCCAAAGAAUCAUUGGGAACAGGGAUGGAUCAUUGGGAACGGGGCUGGGAUCCC